UAUCACUUUUUUUUUUGUCAGACACAUCACGGACACCAUGAAUUGGAACAAAGGUGGUCCUGGUACCAAGAGAGGCUUUGGUUUUGGUGGCUUCUCAAUAUCAUCUGGAAAGAAGGAAGAGCCCAAACUCCCUCAGCAAUCCCACAGUGCUUUUGGAGCCACAGGUUCUUCAGCUGGCUUUGGGAAGACUCCACCACCUCAGCUGCCUUCUUUUUACAAGAUUGGAUCAAAACGAGCAAACUUUGAUGAGGAGAAUGCCUACUUUGAGGAUGAAGAGGAAGAUUCCAAUAAUGUUGAUUUACCCUACAUUCCUGCUGAGAAUUCUCCUACUCGGCAGCAGUUCCAUUCCAAAGAACGUGACUCAGACAGUGAGGACGACCCACUGGAGGCCUUCAUGGCAGAAGUGGAGGAUCAAGCUGCUAGAGAUAUGAAGAGACUGGAAGAUAAAGAUAAGGAAAGAAAGAAUACAAAGGGUAUACGCGAUGAUAUUGAAGAAGAAGAUGAUCAAGAAGCUUAUUUCCGCUACAUGGCAGAAAAUCCCAAUGCUGGUGUGGUUCCAGAAGAAGAGGAGGAUAACCUGGAAUAUGACAGUGAUGGCAAUCCAAUAGCACCAUCCAAAAAAAUAAUUGACCCUCUUCCUCCUAUUGAUCAUUCAGAGAUUGAAUACCCGCCAUUUGAGAAGAACUUCUAUGAUGAGCAUGAAGAGAUCACCAGCCUCACACCACAGCAAGUGGUGGAGCUGCGCCAUAAACUCAAUCUCAGGGUCUCUGGUGCUGCUCCUCCAAGGCCAGGUAGCAGUUUUGCUCAUUUUGGGUUUGAUGAGCAGCUCAUGCACCAGAUUAGAAAAUCAGAAUACACUCAACCGACUCCUAUCCAGUGCCAGGGUAUCCCAGUGGCACUGAGUGGCAGAGACAUGAUUGGUAUUGCAAAGACUGGCAGUGGAAAGACUGCAGCUUUCAUUUGGCCAAUGUUAAUUCACAUCAUGGAUCAGAAGGAACUGGAGCCAGGGGAUGGCCCCAUUGCAGUGAUUGUCUGUCCAACCAGAGAACUGUGCCAGCAGAUCCAUGCAGAAUGCAAACGCUUUGGGAAGGCCUACAACCUACGUUCAGUAGCUGUGUAUGGUGGCGGAAGCAUGUGGGAGCAAGCCAAGGCUCUGCAAGAAGGGGCAGAAAUUGUUGUCUGUACUCCAGGCCGUUUGAUUGAUCAUGUAAAGAAGAAAGCAACGAACCUGCAGAGAGUCACCUACCUUGUGUUUGAUGAAGCUGACAGAAUGUUUGACAUGGGAUUUGAAUACCAAGUCCGAUCAGUUGCCAGCCAUGUGCGUCCUGAAAGGCAGACUCUGCUCUUCAGUGCCACUUUUCGGAAGAAGAUUGAGAAACUGGCCAGAGACAUUCUGAUUGACCCAAUUCGAGUGGUGCAAGGAGACAUUGGAGAGGCCAAUGAAGACAUCACUCAAAUUGUUGAGAUCUUUGCUUCUGGUCCCAACAAGUGGAACUGGCUAACUAGCCGCCUAGUGGAAUUCACCUCUUCAGGGAGUGUCCUCCUGUUUGUUACCAAGAAGGCAAAUGCAGAGGAACUGGCCAACAACCUUAAGCAAGAAGGACAUGAUCUGGGGCUGCUGCAUGGUGAUGUGGAUCAGAGCGAAAGGAACAAGGUCAUCUCAGAUUUCAAGAAGGGGACUUUCCCAGUUCUGGUUGCCACCGAUGUGGCAGCUCGUGGUCUGGAUAUUCCUUCUAUCAAGACUGUGAUCAAUUAUGAUGUGGCUCGUGAUAUUGAUACCCACACUCACCGAAUUGGUCGUACCGGCAGAGCAGGGGAGAAGGGCGUGGCCUACACUUUACUGACGCACAAGGACAGCAAUUUUGCUGGAGAUCUUGUUCGGAAUUUAGAAGGGGCCAAUCAGCAUGUUUCAAAAGAACUCUUGGAUUUGGCCAUGCAGAAUGCUUGGUUCCGGAAAUCCCGUUUCAAGGGAGGAAAGGGCAAGAAGCUAAACAUUGGUGGCGGUGGUCUAGGGUACCGUGAACGCCCUGGCCUAGGAUCAGAAAGUGCAGACCGUGGGAGUAACAAUGUAAUGGUCAACUAUGAGGCAUAUAAACCAUCCUCGGGAGCAAUGGGGGACAGGCUGUCUGCCAUGAAAGCCGCAUUCCAGUCCCAAUAUAAGAGUCAUUUUGUUGCUGCCAGCUUUAGCAACCAGAAGACAGGCAGCUCAUCAGCAGGGGCCAGUGGGUGGACCAGUGCAGGAAGUUUGAACUCCGUGCCAACAAAUGCAGCACAGCAGAACUUAGCAAAACCCGACAGUCCCAUGAGCACAGCAGGAAUGGCAAAGGGUAUCCCAGGCUUCACAAGCAGUGGAAACUUAAAUAGCAUCCCCAACUUUCCAAGCACUGGAGUGCAGGGAUUUAACAGUGUGAAUGCCAGCAACAGCAGCAAAGAAGGCAACAGUGGAGGCAGAGAAAGGUACAGUGACAACCGCAGCAGCAGUCGCCAUAGUGAUGGCCAGCGCCAUGGAGAAGGUGGUGGCCGCCACAGCGAUAACCAACGCCACGGGGAAGGUUACCGUCAUGGAGAAAACCGCCAUGGAGACAGCCACCGUCACAGUGAAAGCAGGCAUUCUAGUGGUGGGAACAAUACCAGUAGCCGCCAUGGGGACGGUCGGAAUAAUGGGGACGGUCGGAAUAAUGGGGACAGCCGGAACAGCAACGAAAACAGAAACAGCGAGAAUAGGAAUAGUGAGAGCAAGAAAGAUGGUAACAUCAGAGACAACAGCAAGACAGAUGGUUUUGCAGUUCCUGAACCGCCAAAGCGCAAGAAGAGCCGAUGGGACAGCUAAGAGCCCAGGUUACCAACCAAGUGGCAAGGUGCCUGCCCCUCUAUCACUCUCACUACCAACAAAUGGCUGUUGAGAAUAAUAACAGCAAUGAGCAACAAUCCCCAACCAAACCUUGGCUGGUGCAUUUGCAAACAACUAUACUUCAUUGGCACGUCUGUGUUGUGCUGUGGUCAACAGGAAAGUAUUCCUCUUUGUGGAAUUUCUCUCUGCUCUGCCUUUUAAAUAUCCGUCCACAUUGAGGGGUAUCCAACAGACUGGUCCUCUUUAGCAAGAACCAAACAUUUUGUGUGUGUUUCCUUUUUUUUUAACUGAGUGUGUCCAGAAGGGGAUUUGGAACGUUUCAUUUUAUCCAUAUUAACAUGGGUUUGAAUUACACCCCCCCUUGCCAAUAGGUGACCAGUUGCCCUCUCUUCAUCCCCAAUAUCUCUGUUUCUGCAACAUUUUCUGCUGGUCACAGUGGCGCUCGUUGUACAUGCUUAGACACUCAGUGUACAUGCUUAGGGCUCUGAUGCAGGAGAGAGAAGUAGUGGUCCCUAGGACAGAGGUGGGGCAGGGAGCUUCAGUUGAACUAGCCCAUCUACACAGAACUUUGAGUCCUGCAUGGGAAAAAUAAUAUUUCAUAACUCCUAGUUACCAGUUUGCCUUUUUUAGUUGAAAUCUCAGCACUGUGUAGUAUAGAUCUUAUUUUUGUGUUUUCAGCAGGCAAGACAGAGAAGAGAGGCAAAAUGUCAGAUCACAUCUUCCAUCCCUCCUCCUGACUUGAUAGUGUCUGCAUGCUAGUAGCAAACGGAAAGAGAGAGAUUGAGGUGGUAUUUCUAGGUGCGGGAGGGAAAUGGAAGCAGGCAUGUAGAUGUACAGGCAAUAUGCUUACAUCUCUUUGCUCCAUUGUUACCCCAGCUACAAUAAGGGGUUUGGCCAGAUCUAAAUGGUUCCUUUUACUCAGUAUAACAGCACUCAUGAAUAGCAUGAUGUGUGCAGUUGCAAGGUUAGUAUGGCAAACUUCUCCACAGCAAUCAAUAUUUUUCUUUUUACACCAUGCCAUCUUAGGUGCUUUUUGCAGCUGAAAAAUGGUUCAGCAAAACCCAGCAGAAUCUCAGUUUGCCUAGAACUGAAGUUUUCUGGCUCCAGAGGUGAUCCAGUUUCUAUUCUGAUUGGUCUCUGUCUAUGUGUAUGAAGAGUAAAGGCGACAUUAAAUCUACAAGGAACAGAAGAGAUAGGCCAUAGAGUCAUGGGUAUACCCCUCCCACAAGGUUCCCUAGGAAGCAAGUACAAUAAAAAUUGAUUCUCUCAACAGCAUUUAAUUGGACUCUUGUGUAGAUUUUUUGUGAAUGUUCUAGACAUUACCCUCACAGCCCCAGAGUAAAACUCACUGGGGGAGGAGACCUUUUGUAUAUAGUAUCAAGUUAUUGUGAUUUUGGGGCCAACCUGGGAAGGCUUUUAACUUGUUAAGUUUGCAACUGGCUGCUGAAGAAGUGUGUACAUGCAGAGAUGCUAAAAAGCAGGACCUGCUUGAAACAGUAAGCUGCUUUUUCCAUACUGACUUUUGCAAACAUCUGGAAAGAAGCAGCAAAUGUAAAAAUAUUUUGAUCCCCCCCCCCUCAAACGUGUGUUCUUAAGCUAUUUAAUCAAUUUUUUUCUCUUUUUGCUGGAGUGGUAGAAAAAUCUUGUUUGCCUAAAAUAGUUUUGUUCCUGCUCUCAUUUUUAUGAUGAAAUAUCUGAAGCUGUGUCAAGAUCCUGUGACAUGCCAUUCCCUUUACUUUCCAUUUUCUCUUCUAGUAAAUGUUUUAUUAUUAGGACAA